AUGGCUGACGAUUCAGAUGAGGAACAAGUAGGCGAAGAACAAGUCAAGGAAGAGCCUGUACCAGAGAAGCCUAAAAAGAUUUUUAUCAAUCACAUUGAUACUUAUCAUGGAAAGAACAUCGCUCGAAUUUUUGCACGAGCCAAACCAGGUUCUACAAGUGAGCCAUCGGAAGAAGAAGAAGCUGAAGAAGAGAAUUCGGAAAAGAAACAGAAACAACUGUAUGAUGAAAAUCCGAUCGAAGACGGAUGGAAAGUCGUGGGAACAGUGAAAAAUACUCAAGGUUACAAACGUGCACCGUUCAUUCAAGAAGUUAUUCAUUACAAAGAUCGCAAUCAACUGAUCGAUUAUUUAAAAGAAGUUAACGUCAUCAUCUAUGAUAUUACUCAAGAUCCGGAACAGGUUGAUGAAGCAGUAUGGGCAUGUCAAAAAAUAGAAUCAAUGAUCAACGAACUGGACCAUCAAGUUACGUUCAUUCUUCUUUCAUCUGUGAUGACUUGGGCGAAGACGCAAUCGAACGAAGAAGAUGUGCCAUUCUCUGAAGAUGAAUUUCGUCGUCGUCGAGCUCAUCCAAAUUACAAAGAACGUCACAGUGCUGAGAAAAUGAUCACUAAACUCGGUCUGACAAACAAAAAGAAGCUCUUGACUUACAUCGUUGCAACUGGUUUAACUUAUGGAAUGGAAGAAGAUGUUUUCCAUUACAUUUUCAAAGCAGCAUGGCACAAUGUCCCGGAAGUUCCUGUCUAUGGUAAAGGUCACAACUAUCUACCAACAAUUCAUGUCAUGGAUCUCGCUGCUGUUCUACAGAAUCUUGCUGAUCGUCAAUUGAAAAUUCGAUACAUCGUUGCCACGGAUACGAGUAAAGAUACACUAAUACGUCUGACACGCAAAAUCAGUCAAGCACUUGGUACAGGCCGAGUGAAAGCGGUUGACCAAGAAGAUGCAAUGCUCAACCGAGAUAUAACGCAAGCUGAUUUCGAUAUGCUGAUGGCGAAUAUGCAAUUCGAACCGAUGUUUAUUCGCGAACAAAUGAACAUCAAAUGGCAUUGUGAAAAUGGUAUGACAGAAAAUAUGGAAAAGAUUAUUGAAGAAUAUCGAAAUCAACGAAAUCUGAUACCAAUUAAAAUCUUAAUUCUUGGCCCGCCAGCUUCGGGAAAGACAACUAUUGCGAAGCAAUUAGCUCAAGAAUAUAAAUUACAUUAUUUGGCAAUAAAAGACGUGAUUAGAGACACGAAAGACGAGCUCGAGCAAUUAGUUAAGCGUAGUAAUGAAAGUGAACAAAAUGAAGAAGAGAUCGAUGAAGAAGAUGUCGAUGAAACAUUAGCAGACCGUGUUGAUGAAGCCCGAAGCGUUUUAGAAAGACUUGACGAAGCGCGACAGAACAACAAAGAUGCUCGUUUGGAUGAUGAUCUUUUAACUCAAAUCUUCAAGAUCAAACUUAUGUCACCACCAUGUCAAAACCAAGGUUAUGUAUUAGAUGGUUAUCCGAAAACAGCUGAUCAAGCGACGAAUCUAUUCGGAGUUUCUGCUGAAGAAGAGGAAGAAGGCGCCGAAGAUAAAAAACCACCAGUAAACGACCGCAUCAUUCCUGAACAUGUGAUCAUACUCGAGGCAAGCAAUGAAUUCCUUCGUCAGCGAAUUAUGCAUCUGCCUGAAAAAAUCGUCGCCGACACGCACAAUACAGAACUAGAAUUCAAGCGUCGGCUGAAAGCAUACAUUGAUUUAGGUGAUGACUCACAUCCAGCGAAAUUCUUCGAAGAUGUCGAUCGUCCCGGAGAAACUAUCAAAAUCGAUGAUGAUCUCAGUCCAAAUCAUCGGAAUAUCGUCAAAAAGAUCAUGGAACGUGUGAAACAGCCACGUAAUUAUGGUCCAACAGCUGAAGAACAAGAGAUUGCCAAACGAAAUGAAAUCCUCGAGAAAGAGAAACGUGAACGUGAAGAACGUGAGGAACGCGAACGGAAUGAAGAGGAAGCAGCAAAUGAUCGUGCGAAAAAGCAAAAAGAAUGGACAACGAAAUUAGAACAAAUAAAACGUCAAGAAUUUGAAAUGCUUGAUGCACAAUCGACGCCUCUACGAAACUACUUAAUGACACAUGUUAUGCCAACAGUAACCAAAGCAUUAAUUGAAUGUUGUCAAGUUCGACCGGAAGAUCCAAUUGAUUUCGUGGCGGAAUAUCUUUUCAAAAACAAUCCUCAAGUGUGA